AUGGAUAAUGCUUCAGUGAUCACCAUGUUCACUCUUUCUGGGUUAAGUGGGACAGUCAGCCACAGAGUUACUCUCUUUGUGCUCACUUUGCUGUGUUACGGGGUGAUCUGGCUGGUGAAUCUGAUAAUUGUUGUGACAAUCAUCAUGGAUAAAAACCUCCAUGUACCAAUGUACAUAUUUCUCUGUAAUCUGUGCAUCAAUGGACUCUACGGGACAGCAGGAUUUUAUCCAAAAUUCCUCCACGAUCUCUUGUCGACAACGCAUUUAAUCUCUGUUCCUGGAUGUUUCCUGCAGGGUUUUGUGCUGCACUCUUCAGCCUGUGCUGACUUAUCCUUGCUUGCUCUAAUGGCUUAUGACAGAUACGUGGCUAUUUGUCGACCUCUAGUGUACCACUCUAUAAUGACUAAAAAAAAGAUUAUCAUUAUGUAUUUUUUUGCUUGGAUUACUCCUUUUUACCUUAUGUUUAUUAGCACGGGGACAACAUUGACAUCAAGGUUAUGUGGCUCCCACAUACCAAAGAUCUAUUGUGUCAACUGGUUAAUUUCUAAGCUUGCUUGCUCUGCCUCACUUUUUAUUUUGGCCAUGCAGUUUUCAUUGUUUGGUCUUAUGUUUUUCUGGUCAGAACCUGUCAAACGUCCAAAGAGAACAAACAUAAAUCCAUGCAGACGUGUUUGCCACAUUUACUCACUUUGA